AUGACGAUCCACAUUAUCGCUACCCCCGAACAGUUCAAGGAGACCAUCGCCAAGAACCCCGUCGUGCUCAUCGACGCCUUCGCGACAUGGUGCGGCCCUUGCAAGGCAAUUGCCCCGAUCAUUGCCCAGUGGGCCGAGUCCGAGGAAUUCAAGGACAAGAUCUACUUCGCCAAGUUUGACGUUGAUGCCGUCCCGGAUCUCGCCCAGGAGCUCGACGUUCGGGCCAUGCCCACCUUCUUCGUGUUCAAGGACGGCAACAAGGUGGAUGAGUUUGUCGGCGCGAACCCUGGCGCUCUUCAGAACCUGCUGAAGAAGUACCUUUGA